AUGUCAUCAUCGACAGCUUGUACAGCUUAUUCUGGUCAAACAAGCUGUGACAAUGGUUUCCCUGUGGCUAAAACUCAUAAUCAUGAAAUCGAAUUUAAUCGGGUCAAUUGCCUUGAAUGGGUAUUGCAUGAAUCUGCAAGGAGCUUCUCCCUUGCGGUUAAGUCACUUGAAUUGCCAGGAAGUGGUCAAGAGCUUGCAAUGGCAUGGUCUGGGAAGGAUGUACAUGAAUGGCAUAAACGGAUUUCUUAUCAGGUCGCAGUUUAUGCUUUGUUAAGAACAGCAAUUGAAGUAGAAAUUUUGCUUUCCAGUGAACGUCAUUACAGUGACUCUUCACCAGUUAGUGAUAUCUUGACCCCAAAGAUUGAUAUGGUUGGUGAAUACAUCGAGAGUCAAUUAAACACAAGGCACUCAGAAUUAGUAGAAUGGUUUAGAGUGGUGGAACUACCACGUAUUGCAGGAUUCUUCAUUCCCUUGUUGAGGAAGUGGUCUAUGGAAUAUGCAGGAAGCCUAAACAAAGAAAUCUUCAGUGGUGUUGCAGGGAUGGUUGUGGCUAUAGGCUGCUGUGCAGCAGUGGCUAAAUUGGGUUAUGGCCGGGUUAAGUGCCCUUUUUUUGUGUUUUCAAUUGAGGAUGUAAUGGUAGAGCUCAUGGAUCUCUCACACAGCCUUGUGUCAGUAGAAAGAUUACAUAACUUAGCUAGUGAGGCAGGAUUUGAAAUGGAUUUCUUGUCCCAUUUUGGUAGAAAAGUUCUGCUGAGCAACAAAAGUGAAGAGGUAGAAUUUUGGAUUGGGUUGGCUCAUGAAAAACUCUCAACAGCAUUCCAUAAAGAAAGUGUGAUCCCAGGCAAGGAGAAUUUUCAUGACAAGGUUGAAGCAGAUACUUUGGCUACUUUAGGACUUUUUGCAUAUCUUGGGAGAAGGACUAGAUUAUUCUUGUCAAGAAUGGGCAUAAAGGAUCUUGAUGAGCUGGUUCAGGACUUCCUUAGGUAA